AUGAGUUUUGAAAACGCUUUUAAAGAUAGUUCAGAUAGUCAGCUGAAAUUUGAUACUGAUAAGAAAGUUGAUGAAACUUCUAAUAAUUUGCAAAAUUUAUUAAAUGAUGAAACUUCAACUUUGAUACUUGACACAAAUAACUCUCAAGACUCUCAAAGCUCUCAAAAUUCACACAAAAC